CUACCAAAACUUUUCGAAUUUGCCCGAGUGGAAAUAGUUGGUGGUUUCUCCUCAAUCUGUGAAUACGAAGAUGAAAAAACAUGGUCUUUGAUUCGCGGCUUUUCUUCUUCAAAAAUAGGCAAAUUCGCGGCCGGUCCUCCGGAAACGGAAGGAGUCGUAACCGUGUCACUAAUGGGCAAGUCGGACGGCGAAAAUAUUGGGACUCGUAGAUAUAUCUUCCUUGCGGGAAUGAUUGCAGCUCCGAUAGGGAGUCCAGUGGCCUCNUGAAGUAACUGUGCAACCUCCACCAUUGCUUUCGUAUACGUGUUUUUGCAUUUCGGUUCUUUGGUACUUACAGUGAUCCCACAAAAGAUAAAAGGAGCCAGAGGAGAUUCUAUAGGAGUCAUUACACAUAGUUCUUGA